AUGUCCUCCGAAUCCCCCUCCGCCGUCAAGGCAGAGGACUGCACCCCUUCCCCAGGCGCCGAGUCGGUUACCACACCCAAUACUUCCGCCUCGAUAGCCUCCAAUCCUACCUCGGCUGCUGCCACCGCAAGUGCUCCUAGACGGCCCCCUCGCAAGAGCACUCUCACCCAACAGCAAAAGAACCAGAAGAGACAGAGAGCCACUCAGGAUCAGCUGGUCACUCUCGAGGUAGAGUUCAACAAGAACCCUACACCCAAUGCCGCCACGCGAGAACGCAUUGCACAGGAAAUCAACAUGACUGAGCGAUCCGUCCAGAUCUGGUUCCAGAACAGCCGACGCAGAGCCAAGAUCAAGAUGAUCGCCAAGAAGGGCAUCGAUGGUGUCGAUGAUGUUGAUGGCCUCCCCGAGUCCAUGAGACAGCUUCUCGCCAUGCAGGCCAUGGAAUCCGGCAGGCCUUUCCCCAAUGCACUAAUGCGGAGACCCGGGGGUCCCAUGCCGUAUGGCAACGGCAUGCUCAUGAAUGGAGACCCCAACGGCUCCGGCAAAGUUGUCAUCCAUCAUUUCACUUGCCGAUCGCUGAGCAUCGGCACCUGGCGACGCGUCGGACAGAAUGCGAUGGAUCUGGUCGUCUUUUACUCUCCCGACAAGGCCUGCCUUACCUACUACAUCAACAACGACUCUGCUGGCUACAAGGUCGAGUUCCCCUUCGCAUUUAUCAAGAGUAUUCAGCUCGAGGCCGGCGAGACUGCUCCUACCGUGAAUGGCUCGCCGCCUCGACCUGGUGGUCUUGUUAUCGAGCUCACUCGUCCACCUCACUUUUUCAUGGACUCCUCCGGCUCUGGUGGUUUCUACCAGUGCGGCGACUUCACAGAAGACCAGCAAGCUUCUCAAAUCCUGACCCACCACCUCGGUGGACACCCCAAAGUUCUGAGCGGCCAACUCGCCAAGCUCGUGUCGCUCGAGUCGUUCCAGAACCGCAUGAACCCCUUCGACCCCAAUGCCCUCCCAGCGUCGGCACCGACAUCACCGUCUAUGGGCAUCGUUCGACCUUCUUCUCAGCCUCACUUUGCCCGCCCCCAUCCGCCUCAUGUGGGAAUGUAUCAAGAGAACCACUUUGGCAUCAGCCCGCAUCUGCACCCCGGUCGUAUGCAUGGUGGCCACAAGAGACAAAGAAGUCGUUCGGUCCCUAUCGCCAUCGACUUCUCCAUGCUCCACGGAGGCCCUAUGCCAACUUUCAACUUCCAACAGCCGUCUCCUCAGCUGCCGCCUGAGGGACAUCAGCAGUUUCACCAACCAAUGCCGCAGGCGCACAUGGGCGGGCCACUAGGACCUAACCUGCAGAUUGACACCUCGGCCGGCUACGGUAUGGACUUUAGGCAGAUGCCGGUCUCGGCGACUGCGACUUCACCAUCCGAAUUCGCGUCACCAGGCUUCUUCCCGUCCAACCCUGGCCAGGUAGCGCAAUCUGAUUAUGGCACGCCUCACUACAACAUGCCUUUCUUGUCGCCAUCACCUAUGGUUGAUCAGAAUCACAUGCAUGCCCCUACCUCUGUCUCGCCAACGCCUCAAAUGUCUCAUCAUGACCCUGUCAUUGCCAGCAACUCGCCGCCUCUGCACAGUCUGCCUCGCAGUGCGUCGGCAGACAUGUUCAGCAUGGGCCAUCACGAGCAUUCGAUGCAUGACGAGACUCUCAUGCUGGGAGAGAUGUACUCGAAGCAGAACCUCAACAUGCCCAUCCCGAGCCCCAGCUUUGAUGAGCACGGCAUGAUGAGCAUGCAAGAAUACGGCACCCCCCAGGAUGACGUGCAGAUGCCGAUGACGCCAUACGGGACGAUUGAUCCCCAUCAUCUGCAAGGCGGAAUGCACCCUUGA